AUGACGAUGAAGAAGAUGAAGACGACGAGCCUUAUAAACGAUAAGGAGACCCUCUCAAUUAAACUAGGAGAGGCAGAGAAAUCUAGAGAUGAUCUAGUGUUAUGUGUAGUAGAACGAGAUGAGACCAUAGCUAAUAUUGAAAUAGAGAAGGAGGCCUUGAAUGAAAGAAUAACCGGUGUGGAAAAUGAGAGAGACGACCUGAUUGCAGUAGUUGUUGAUCUGAAAGAAACAAUAGAAUGCCUUAACAAUGAGAAACACGUCUUAGAAGAAAAAGUUGCAUCUGCUGAGGAGGAAAGGGAUGACCUGUUAGCAAUAUGCGCUGAUCUAGAGAAAACCAUUGAGGGACUCAAUAGAGAAAAUAGGAAUGUUAGUCUUGGGAAAGGGAAGGAAGUAGCCAGUGAGUCACACAUCUUGUUGGAAAAGGAGUUAACUGUUGUAAAAACUAAUCUUUGCAGUGAACUCGAGAAAAAUCAGCAACUCCAAACUGAGUUGGAGAAAGCCAGGGUUCAGUCUGUUCAGAAGAACAAAGCUUUCACUGAUAGAGUGACUACUAGCAAAGGACCAGGGAGCAGUGAGAGGAAGCAGACUGCGAUAGACUAUGGAUAG